AUGACUCCGAAAGAGCUAAGCAGUAAAAUCAACUUAGAUGUUGGCGGAUUCUUUUUCGAAAAUGCAUUACCCUUCAACGCCGUAGAAUCUCCUUCAUUCGUUAACAUGUGUCGAGCUAUUGGUUCAUAUGGCAGAGGUUUUAAGCCCCCUACUAUGUAUGAGCUACGCUCUUGGAUCUUAAAAAAGGAAUUGGAAACUACCGAAAAUAUAGUUGAAGAUAUAAAGAAGACGUGGAGCAAAACUGGAGUUUCUAUUUUAUCUGAUGUAUGCUCGAAGGUGGCGAUGGAUGGUGCCUGCAGUGGUAGUGUGUUGUGUUCGACUUCUGCCUCUCCUCCAGCCAGCCUCCGGUCGGUCGCAGCUUGCCAACGGUUACUUCAUCAUCCUUCAACAAUAGCAGCCCGCCAGCAGUUACUUCGAGUCUUCGAGCCUUUGCUUCACGCUUUUGCGAAACACCUCUGUGCACUGCCGACGGCUUCGAGCCCUAGACCAGCUGCGCCUACUGGUUGCUUCGCCUCGCCUUCGUUACUUGGUAACCUACUGUAA